AUGCCCAACAACCUUGAUCGUCUGGAGAAGCUGAAGCUCUUCUCCCGCAGAAGGGACCUUACCAUUGAGAUAAACCAGUCAAUCUCGGACUCGACUGGUGGCUCACGAACCGCCCCUUUGGACCACAGCUUUCCCCAGCCGUCUUUCAUUCGCCCGCGCGUCUCUCGCAUGAAGGCCAGAGAGGAGCGCAUUAUCGCCGCCCAGAACGAGAAGCGUGCUCAGAGUCUGCCGGAAGCUCCGUCCGAGCGCAUGUCAAUACACGUCUCCCACCUGAGCAGCAGCAGCAUGACAGCUCUUACCCUUCCAACCCGCUCCAUGUCGCUCAGCCACCGAAGAGAAAUGCAACCGGUGGCGAGUCUGCGCGGAUUCGACUUCCCUUGCCCUCCCACAUCAUCCUCUUCCCCGGACUCGUCAUUCGACGCUGCUGCGCUGUCGCCCAGAACUCUGCCCCCAUCGCAUAAGCUUUCUCUUGAGCACCGCCACAGCUCCGUCAUCCUGCCUACCCACAGAUCGGACACCCCGCCCUCCUCCGAUUACGAGGACGACUCGAGCAUAAAGAGCUCCCAGAGCCGUCCAUCCUCUGCUCUCAGCAGAGACCUGCCGACGCCCGCAGCAUCUCCAGAAAUGAAGCCCGUACACGAUGCGCAGCCCAGGGACUUUGCGGAGCUGGGCCUGUCCAAGAGGAAGGCUGCCGCCACGGUAACCAGACGUCGCAGGGAAGAAAAGGCAACGGCAUUGCGACGUUCUCAGGGUCAGUCGAGAACUCACAGGUCCUUCGCCUCUUCGAGCCAGAUUCUUAAAGGCGGGGAUGUCAUGGACUUCUUCACCCUAUCCGAUGAUGAUAUUUUGGAGGAAGAACCCGAUUCCUUCCGUUCCAAGCGAAGGACCUCCUCUAUUUACGCUGACGACGUCGCCAAGGAGGGCGCACUUCAGGCCGCCCAGAUCGCUGCUAAGCACAAGUUUGACCUUGUUUAUAUUGUCAACUUGUGGCCUGAGAGCUUGUCGGAAUCGUCAUCGCCCACAUCUCGCUUGUCGAUGGACUUUUCAUCUUCUAGACCAUCUAGCGUGAGGAACUCUCUGCUUGGGCCCAUGGACGGACCAAUGGUGGACUCCGCCCCGGGCAUGACUGGCCGCCUCCUUGCCGCCUACGGCCUGACCAACCUUAUGAGCCCUUUCCGCAUCUCGGCGACUGUUCAGUCCAAGAUUCUGAAGCAAGAAGGGUGGAUGGAAUACCGCAGCGAUGACGCGCAAGCCGGCGAGUUUGCGCGAGGUUACGGACACGCUUUUCACACUGAUACAGGCCGCAGGAGCUCCGCCAACUCGAGCCCUCGCAGCCCAAGUGCUCGGGAUUUGUCUCAGAACGAUCACGGCAUCGUCUUCGCCGCCUACCGUUGCCCAGGCAAAGAUUCUCGCGCCGCUGGUUGUACCAAGGAAGAACUCGAGGCACUCCGCGUGGAUGCUGAGGGACUCGUCGACUACCUCGUCGCCAUUCACAAGGCGCGACGCCUCCGGGAUCCCAUGACACUACACACGCUCAUCGAUGAGGAUGCCACACCCUCAUAG